AUGGCUUCCAGUAUACAACUCAUGGGUGCCACUUUCGUUUCGGACGGAUCAGAGUGCAAACUCAACAUCACUCGGCAUCAUGGGAAAGACCACAAAGUCGUCAAAGAAGCAGACCAAGUCAACGAAGAAGCCAGCACACACCAGCAGGUCAUCUACGACCCCCACAACCGCAAGUCAGCAGCGCGCAACGUGGGCAGUUCACGAAGAGUUUGA